UAACAAACAAUAAUACUGUACAACGAAAUAUGUGCCUUAAAUUAAAGGCCAACAUUUGUUUAUCAAUGAUUGUAUGUCUAUUAUUUGGCGUAACAUUGAUAAACAUUUUGCUGACUUAUGGUGUACACUGGGAUCAUAUUAGGAUGACCAGCGCUGUCCUAAUAUUAUUGCAAACAACCUUACUAUUGAUCACUAUAUUGUAUUUGUCGUGUUGUCUAUUGUGUCGGCUAAGCAACAAAAUCAGGUCAUCCAUGUCGACCACACGGGCCAAUAGUUUGGCCAACAUUGAGACUAUGAUAGUCGAGUGUAAUACAUAUGGCACAGAUACAAUAAUUGGAGGUCAAUUAUUCAAUGAAAAACAGCAAGAUGAUUUUAGUAAAAAUAGCGUCGAGUAUCAUACAAUUGUUUAUAUUAAAUAA